GUGCUCGCUAGAGCUGCUGCUGCCGCCGCCGCCGCCGCCUCCGUCGCCGCCGCCGCCGCCGCUGCCGCCGCCACUGCUGCUGCAGCCGGAGCAUCCGGGAGCCGCCGCCGCUGCUGCCACCGCUACCAAGCGCUGCUACCACUACUGCCGCCUCUUCUCCCAGGACUCUGACACCGGAGCGCGAGCGGCGGUGCUGCCAGCUUGCUGCCCCUGUCCCCCACCCCUCCCUUCCUUGACCUACCCACUCCUUGCAGCCCUCGCCUGCACCUUCCCCGACACCCCGGCAUCUCUGCAUCACCUGCCUAAGCAGCCUCCGGGCGGGCUCUGGGACUUGCCGCGAGCUCCGAAAGGAACGCGAGCUCCAAACCGGUGCCGGGCAGAUCGGUUGUCGGGGCUGCACCAGCAGCAGCAGAAGGAGAAGAAACUAUUUAGCCCACCGAAACCCCAUUCUGCGGGUGCUCUGCCACUGCCGCUUUUGCUGCCGGCAACCAGCUUCCGCGCGGGUUCGAACACCGCAGCAGCGGUAUCGUGGGUCCGGCGGGAGCCGGGAGGACGACACCAGCGGAACCCUUGCACUGUGUGGUUCGCCUAACCAGCAUCUCCUUGCCCCCUCGAUCCUUCCCCCAGACCCUUAAAAGAAGGGACCAUGAUUUGGAAACGCAGCGCGGUUCUCCGCUUCUACAGUGUCUGCGGGCUCCUGUUACAAGCGGCUGCUUCAAAAAGUAAAGUCAAAGGCAGCCAAGGGCAGUUUCCACUAACUCAGAAUGUCACGGUUGUUGAAGGCGGAACUGCAAUUCUGACCUGCAGAGUUGAUCAAAAUGAUAACACCUCCCUCCAGUGGUCGAAUCCAGCUCAGCAGACUCUGUACUUCGAUGACAAGAAAGCUUUGAGGGACAAUCGGAUCGAGCUGGUUCGCGCUUCUUGGCAUGAGUUGAGCAUCAGUGUCAGUGACGUGUCUCUCUCUGAUGAAGGACAGUACACCUGUUCCUUAUUUACAAUGCCUGUCAAAACCUCCAAGGCCUAUCUCACUGUCCUGGGUGUUCCAGAGAAGCCUCAGAUUAGUGGAUUUUCAUCCCCAGUCAUGGAGGGAGACCUGAUGCAGCUGACUUGCAAGACGUCAGGCAGUAAGCCUGCGGCUGAUAUAAGAUGGUUCAAAAAUGACAAAGAGAUCAAAGAUGUGAAGUACUUGAAGGAAGAGGAUGCUAACCGCAAGACCUUCACCGUCAGCAGCACACUGGAUUUCCGAGUGGACCGUAGCGAUGAUGGAGUGGCGGUCAUCUGCAGAGUAGACCACGAGUCCCUCAAUGCCACCCCUCAGGUAGCCAUGCAGGUGCUAGAAAUACACUAUACACCAUCAGUGAAGAUUAUACCAUCCACUCCUUUUCCACAAGAAGGACAGGCUUUAACAUUGACUUGUGAAUCUAAAGGAAAACCACUGCCAGAACCUGUUUUGUGGACGAAGGAUGGGGCAGAAUUACCAGAUCCUGAUCGAAUGGUUGUGAGUGGUAGGGAACUCAACAUUCUCUUCCUGAACAAAACGGACAAUGGCACUUAUCGAUGCGAAGCCACUAACACCAUUGGUCAAAGCAGCGCAGAGUACGUCCUCAUUGUACACGAUGUUCCCAACACUUUGCUUCCCACUACUAUCAUCCCCUCCCUUACCACUGCACCAGUAACAACCACUGUAGCCAUAACCACCAGCCCAAGCACAUCUGCAUCAAGCAGCAGCAGAAGAGAUCCCAAUUCUCUGGCUGGUCAGAAUGGCCCUGACCAUGCUCUCAUAGGCGGCAUAGUGGCUGUGGUUGUAUUUGUUACCCUGUGCUCCAUAUUCCUGCUUGGCCGAUAUCUGGCAAGACAUAAAGGAACAUAUCUCACAAACGAAGCUAAAGGAGCCGAAGACGCACCAGAUGCCGACACAGCCAUUAUCAAUGCUGAAGGCAGCCAAGUCAAUGCCGAAGAGAAAAAAGAGUAUUUCAUUUAAAAUUCAGGCUCCAAGUUCUGAGUUUUACCUACCAGGCUGACUGCUGGAGAAAACUGGCAAUCAUCUCUCAAAAAUCAUUCCAACCAUCUUCUCCUACUACUUUUAUUAACACCCAUACUGUACUGCUCUCAGUAGCCAGUGUAUACCAGCAAUCAGCAGUUGAAAGCAUCAUUCUUUAAUUACUGUACCAUCCAUAAUGCAGGACAUUUCUUAUUGCCUAAAUUUUACACCAUUGCUCUUUUAACAUACAGUGCUUGAAUAUACAGCCUUAACAAUGUUAAUCAUCUCACUGGAUCAUGAUACUGAGUUGUUUUUAUACAUUGAAGAAAUGUAUGCAGAGCCCCGCCCCCACAUUUAUUUUCCAUUAAGCCACAGACUUUGUCGUUUGCCAUUGGACAGUUAUCACAAGUCCCAGGAUUAGGUGAUGACCUACUAUGUUUAAGCGUAAUCGAAGAUUAGAGGUUUACAAACAGUGUUUUCUACCUGUCUAUCUUCAAAGGUAACAUGUUGUAGAAACAUACGCCCUAGAAAACACAAGCUGAAAACCACCGUAGUAUACUUUCUGGAAUGUUUGAGUUUAUACUGGUAACACUGUAUCAAGUUGCUACUUUAAAAUUUAGUGUUUGAUACAGGCGCCAUGUGUAUUGAUUAUACUCAUGACAUGACACCUUAUACUAUUAUAUAGAUCCUACCAUUAGGUUAUUGUAGCUUCAUUUACCAAUAAAUUAUUACAAACAUUUAACUGCUUUGGGAAUCAUAAAGAUUUCAUUCAUUUCUCUAUUUGAUUCUAUAAUUUAUUUGUUCCAUAUGGAUUCACCUGCCUAAACAAAACUGAAGUAGGGCACAAUUUUGAGACAUUUUAGUAUCUGUAUAUAGUGCAUAUAAUAAAUCCAAUUAAACAUUAUUUGAUACAUAUUUAACUUUUUUGGCUGUAGGUUAUUCAGUCAUAAGUACGCAUUUUCUAACGUUCAUUAUAUCCCUUUAGAUAUUACAUAAACUGAUAUUAUAAGUAGAUAACAUGUAUUAGUAUUUUUGUCUGUAUGUCCUAGCACUGUCAACAACAAAUUUUUGUAGUUCUUGUUAAUUUUAUUUGUUAUACAAUGGAAGCACAAUGUUACAAGGAAAGGUAAUUUUAAGCUAAACAACCAGUGCGCAGCCUCAGGUUUUAAAUCACAACCACAGUUGAAUAAUAACCUAAAAACCAACUCUUAGUUUGAUUUAAUUAAAAAAAAACUUUACACAUUUUCAUUUGGCAGGUUUCAGAGCUGCUUACCUACAUUGAUUUGCCAAAAAGGAAGUGUUUAUGAUAUUUUUUCUGCAUAAAUGAGCUAAUUCUUUGUAUUAAAUUCCUGUCUAUGCAUUCUAUGAGGUACAAACUUAUGAAACAGAGAGUGAUAGAGAACCCAGGCCAUGCUCCUAACUCCAAGGUGAAAGUCUCUUUCUCUGGAUUAUUUUAAAUUUUUGGUACAUUGAACUAUUAUAAAAUUCUGUAAUCUUAAAUAUAUCACAAAGCCAAUACAAAAUCUUCUUUCUUUGGAUGAAAUAUAACAUUGGUAGAAUAUUUUUUAUUACAUUUAUUGGAAGUUAAUGAACAAAGAUCCAGUUAGAUGAAAAAAAUUAUUUUCCCACUUAUAAGCAUUGCACCUUUAAGAAGAAAACAAAAAUUAUGAUAUGGUAGCUGUACUUGUGAUGUCUAACAGCAUGGUGGAGUUUUAAAAAUACCUUGGAACUUAUUUGGGGGCGGGGAGCAAGAAUGAUUUAAUACACUAUCCUAUGUUAAUAACAAAUGAAAGGCAAAGGGUGCUGUAUAUUAGAUUAUUUAUCAGAAAAGUAUCAAACAUUUAAGGACAAUGUUAGAAUUUUUAAGUUUCUUUUUUUUUAAUUGUAUAGCAUUUAUCUUGUUGAUUUCUUAUAAAAGAAAAAGGACAAUGUCCGUCAAGCAGCACUUUUUCAAAAUAUACAGAGCAUAAAUAAUAUGAUGUGGUUGAGUGUUAACAUAAUAAAUCAUAUACAGUAUGACAUUUUAAGGAAAUAAGUCUGCAUUGAUGUGAUUGCAUGCUUGUUUUUACAGUUCACUCCAUACCAUCUGUGAAAAAAUGCAAUAAUCUGUUAAUAUAGUACGGUAGUUGGAGAGAAUCAGGUAGGUGCCUCUAGACACAUUGAAACUAGAAUAGGUCUAUAAACUGCUCAUAUCUUUCCAUGCAUAAUCUUUAGGAAGACUCCACACAGCAAAAUUCAUCCCGUUAGUACAGAAUGGAAAGGUCCUUACUGCUAAGUGCGUUGUAUAACGGCAUCAUCAAUUGCUAUUUAAAGCCUAAUUCAGGACACAUUUACAAAAUUGCUACUCUUCAUCGAUGCUGUAUUUAUAUCCUCCUUCAUCUAUAUUCUACUUGGCUCCAACUGCUAAAAUUGUUGCCUAAAUAACACAAACAUUAUUUAUAACGCUGUAAAAUUAGAAACCCCAAAUCGUUUGUAUUUCAAGACUUUUGACUCUUUUAACCCUUCUGAGGAAUACACAAACCCAUUGGAGUUUGUAAAAUGAAAAUCACUGGCAGAUAAAAAUUAGUAGGCUCUAAUCGAAUUGUUUUCAGUUAAAUGUAGCUAAUUUGGAUUGAGUGACGUUUCCUGACAUGGAAAAAAAAGUGAUGAAGUUAUACUUUCCUGUAUUGAAAGGUUAUCUGGUUUUCACUGAAGGAAACAAGUUAGAAGAACUGUGGGUAUUCCCCAUUCCAGCAAAUAAAAAAUAAAUGAAGUAAGAUUUCUAAAUUGGACUCAUGUCAACUGAGAAGCCUGAAAUGUGCGCAAUUGUAUGCACAUGAGCCUCUCUGUCUCUGCUAAGGGAGGUCAGUAGGUAGGACACGCAGUGACUGGAAUGUGUGCACUGCUCAGAGACUGUGAGCACCCAUUCGUUACAAAAGGACGUUCCUCUCUGCCAGACGUGUUUACAGUGCACACUGAUUGUCCUCCAGCAGUCAGAUCUAACCAACAUUCUUCUUGUCUUCUUUUCCUUUUUGAAUGUCCUGGGAAGAAUGGUUACCAAGACUAUAAGAAAAAAGGAAAUGUUAUAAGUAAUGACAAAAUACCCCAUUGGAAAAUUGGUGUGUGUGUGUGUGUGUGUGUGUGUGUGUGUGUGUGUGUGUGUGUGUGUGCGUGCGUGUACUGAAGAGAAGAAAGAUGAAAACAAACACAGAGAAAGAGAUUCCAACUUGUUUUCUUUGACCAGAAAUUGCAAGAAGCAAUUUAAGGAACCUGAUAUUGGGAUUUAAUGUAGAAACCGGAUGAUCUCAUUAAAGAUGUUCAGUCCUUCAUAGAAACUUUCCAAUCAUAAUAACAAGUAGAGAAAGGAAGAACAACUUUCCUGACAAUGGCAAAGAAGCUAACACCUCAUUGGUUUUGCUCGGGUUUUUGUUUGUUGUUUUCUUGUAAAAAAAAAUAUAAAUAUUCAAGUAAAAAGACAGGCUCACCUGUAACUAUGUACUCAUGACUGAACAGCAGUGAGAUGCCAUAUCGGUACACGUACAGCAGCUGUUUGACAGCAUGGCUCUUCCGUGUAACAUAGCAGUUAUCGUGUGAUUUAGUGCCACUUACUGCAAAGUGUUACCAAUGGGCACAUCGAAAAUGCUUUCACUUCCUCACCCUUUCGAUGUAAUUAUAAUUUAAAAGAUAAAAAUAGAGAAUUUCACACCUUUUUCCAAUGGUGGGGGAAAAAAGACUUUUUGUAUCAGUCUGUAGCUUUCCCAUAAUAUUUUGGUCCCAAAAAACUUUUGAAAAUGCCCAAUUUUAUUUCCUUUAAUGGACGGUAAUCUGUAAUGAGUACAGACAAUGAAAUGAUUACUCAGUGGUCACAACUGACAUAAUUGAAAAACCUAAAGGAAAUGACUGACAAGUAAUGCUUUUUGGUAAGCGGCACCAAGUACACACUAAAAACUAUGCAAAAUAUAGGUAACUACACUGUAUGUACAUGUAAGUAUCUUGUACUAGCUGUGUAUGGAUGUUGGAAACCCAUGUAAUUAUAAUAUGCAUUUUGAAUUCUGGGAAAGAGGAAAUCUUAGUGUAGAUAAUAUAAUUUGUUUUGAAAUAUACAUUGGCAAUAUUGAAAUAUACUCAGUGCAAUAUCUCUAAUUCUAUUGCUGGAUAUUUAAUGCAAAGGGUUUUUAAUAUACUCUUAAAGGACACCCAAGAGUUUGCUAAUUCACCUCACAUGUGUGAAAGUACUAACUACAGCAAGUUUUAUUUUUUUUUCUUACUUAAUUAUUGAAGUGACAAAGGACACUUACUUGGUUUAGUGUUCAACAUUACUGCAGAGGAUGAAAAGACAUGGAUUUUAAUCUUUGAUUCAUAACUAAUCGAAUUUGACCUUCUUAAACUUUCUUUGAAAUGUAUGUUCUUUAAUAGAUUAAUAUACUUUGAUUAUGAGUAAAAUGUAUUCAAAGAACGUAAGGUACAUUUAGUACUUAAAGUCACUUAUGUUUUAAUGAGAUCUUCCUCUGUAUAUUUCCUUUUGUCUCCCUAUCACAACCCAAACAUGCCCUUUGCACUUCGAUAUACCCUUCCAAAGGCAGUGGAUUGAGCAUAGCAAGAUAAUCAUGAGACUUGAAGGGGAUGGUAUAUGUGAAUGGGUUCUAAAAGCAUCAGCAUUUUUGUGUACUGAGAUUACUACUGAAUGCAAUAGUAUUGGAUAUAGCUGGUAAUUCUCUGCCAUGCAUACUUACAAUAAUUCUUCUACCUCUCUCACUUUUAACAUGGGCUAUGAUACUUCGAUAUAAAUAGCGGAAGUAAAUAUUUACAGGAUAUCCCAGGAAGCACCAUUUUACGACCUUCAUAACAAUGCACUCCCCACUCCCUGGGAAAUCUCAAAAGCCAACUUCUUGUAGUGUAUUCUAUGGUGUGUGGACAUGCGUUUCUUUAGCUUCUCUAUCCUUAGCUGCACAUAGGUAACCUAUGAAACUUUGGUGGGGACAGUCCUUUCCAUGCCUCGUUAAUGUUUUGCUGUUAUGUAAUUGUAACUUUUUAGAAGUAAUUUGAUGGCAGCAGUUUGCAAUCCAAUCUGACAUUCCAUUUUAUUUUUAAUGUGUAAGAAUUUCUUCAGAUCCAGUGCUGUAUUUUACGUACAAAUCAUGUAUACGAUUUAAUUUCCAGAGAAGUAUUAUCUAUAUAAAUGAAAAUUAAGUAUUUGAAAACUGCCUCCUUAUGAACAAAUAACCCCAAUAAUUCAAAAUAUUGCCUCAGAAGCCCACUUUUUCUACCUAGGCAUGAUAGGGACUUUUCAAUAAUGUAAUUUAAAUAUGUUAAAAUAAAAUGCCAUUUUAGCAUAUUUUCCUUCAGGAAAAAAAUAGAUUACAUAAAUUUAUUAAAUACUGAUGGUGAAUCUGUAAAAUACGCUUAAAAUUAAAGUAAGAUGUCUUGUGUUACAUAGUUAUGUUAUAAAUAUCAUUUGUUUUAGUCUUCAACAUCGUUUCCAUAUAUGUAUAUGUAAUAUAUAUGAUCAUAUAUAUUAUAUAUAUAAGAAAUGUGAUUAUUUUGGAGAAAAUGGGCCCAAAUGUGAAAAAGUUGUAAAGAAAACACUAUACCCCCUUGGAAAUAUGAUGUAUAUUUCAAAGAUGUUCAGUUAAAAGAGAAGUGACAAUUGCAGAGGCACAAGAAAAAUCUUCCAGGACUCAGCACUUAAGCACUUUUCCCACAUCCAGGGUCAAAGCAGUAGCGAUCCCUACACGGACUUUUAAGCGCAGCAUGAAAUGCAGCAUUACACGAACACACAGUACUGUCAAACCUCAAAUGCUUUCUUUCUUUAGAUGCUUUCCCUUGUACAUGAUCCUCGUAGACAUGUUUUUAUAUUUGCUGAUAGUGAAAGUCACGCGCAAUAAAAUGUCACGGUUGGAAGCAGUAGUCACUAAUCGGUUAAAGACAAGUACAAAUGUAAACAGUUGUUAUCUUUCUCCGCUUUGCUUUUCUCUGUGGUUCCCAUGUGUUGACUGAAUGUCAUAAAUAGAACAAAAAGCAAUCUAGAAGCUUUUCAAAGCUAGGAAUAUUGCUCCUUAUAAAUAUGUAACAUUUUAAUCUUUUUACAAACUUACUUCGCUGUACUCGCUGUACGUGUUGUCGAUUGAUUCAAUGAUGCGAUUGGGUAGUGAACUAUGGACUUCUGAGUCUGGAAUGGUUAAUCUCUUCUUCACAUUCAGUUCACAUCAAUAUUUGUCAAACGGUUGUUUGGCUUUUUAUGUAACCGUAAAUAUUUCUUAAAGAUAGCUCCAUUCUUAUCGUAAAUAUUUCAGUGCAAACAACCUUUGCAACAAGUUUGCCGUGUUAAAAAAAAAAUUUAAAGACUUAUCUCUGAAAACUGUGUCCAGAAAUGCAGGCGUUCCCACUAAUGUAGCUUCAAAAAUAAUGUGUUCUAUUUACCUGACAUGAAAUCCGUAUCUUUUGGAAGGGUAUACUUAUGACAGCACUCAAAUGUAUUCUGUGCUGUAAAGAAAAUCCACCAAAAUGAAGCAGAUCGCACAGAAAACAAAACACAAUUAUCGAAUCUACUCUUAUCAUGAACAUUUACACAAAACAAAAUGCAUAUUGUAAUAUUAAGUACAUGACACUUGCAUGUUGACAUGCCUAUAUACUUACAAAGUAUUCAAUGUGUACUGAGUGGCGCUUCAAAUAUGUCAUGUACAACACUCCUAAACAUGCCUACAGGGUUCCCACCUCACUCCACCCUUUCAGUAAAGUCUCCUCAGAAAAAGAUGUCUGAUAAAUAUGAAAAUAAUAAAAUUUGAAUUUUAGUUAUCUGCUGGACAUUACUGAACUUUUUCUUCAUUUACUGUAUUUUAGGCUUAAACUCAGACAUUGGAAAUAAACUUUCUUUUCUCUAGUGAAAAAUUACAAAAGGUGUUGUGAAGCACAUUCUGUUAUGCCAAACACAUUAUUUUGAAUACCUUUUCUCAAUUGCAUUUUAUAUCCAUCUAUUUGAAGUUUUCUCAAUGACAUACAAUUUUCUUGUAAAUUUCUAGAGGGAACUUUUUUUUAAAUAAAUGAGAGCUACUAAAAAUGUUAUCUUUCUGAUAUAACAUUUAAUCAUUACUCCUUGAAAUGUAUGAACCUUGUAAUAUGCUGACUAAGGGUUAAAAAAGUGUCGCUGACGAAAAGAAUUUUGCUUGAGAUUGCCAACAUUCAAAAUUUUGUAAAAGUAAUUUGACAUCCACUUAUUUGUGUUUACUAAUGUUGACUAGGAACAGAAGCAAAAAUAUCUAAAACAAGCUUCAUUUUUAUUUCUAUACUCUAACCGAUAUAUUCCAACUACCUAAGAUAAUGCAAUUAACCAUAUAUACACCCCAAGCUUAUAACAAUAAGAAUUUGAGAUAAGCUUUUAAAUUUAUGGAAGAUUUUCUUUGUGUCUUUGGAAGUUCACUUAUCAUGAGAUAUUUUGUAGUCUACUUUAAAUAACAGAUUUUGUUAUACAGGGUAAGCCAAAGGCUGUACAAGAAUUAGUGCCAUUGGGUCUGAUAUUUGUGUUGGACCAUGAAAUAUUCCAUUAAAAUUUGUCUGUAAAUACAAGGCAA